UCCUUGCUUCAAGGUCAUGAAGUGCAUGUUGGCAUGGUUGGAGGCCUGAGUUAUGGAGAUGUAGUCAAAGGCAGUAAGAGGGCAGAUGCGAAACGAUUUGUAGUCGAACCGCUCAGUGGGGACAUGCAGUUUCAAUGCAGCAGCUUGGAAAUCGGCCGAAUAACAGGUCUAGAGAGGGAUCUUCUGCGAGCUAUUUCCGUGAACUCAGAUCGCUUUAAUAUUUACCAGGAUAGUGACCUCUUACCGUAUGCACAAGGCCUGAAGGAAGGGUCACGGGUGAAAGUGAGACAUAGAAACGACAGCGUCUCACCCUAUGAGGAAGUUGCUGCUCUCGUUCAGUACAUCGGACCGUUGUCUGAAACUAAAAUGGGAACACAAUUUGGUUUGGAACUGAUGGAUGAUGCUUACAGAGGCCAAGGAACGUCAGAUGGGAUCUAUGGAAAGUGUCGCUACUUCCAGACAGAUCCUGAUUGUGCCGUCUUUGUGCCAAUCAGCAAACUGGUCCCACCGUCCACGUCGCAGGGAGCCUCUUAUCUGUACGAGAACGUCCCGCGAUCAAAACAGGAGCUGCCCAAUCAGCCAUCAGAACUGACGAGUGUCGGGGAUAUUAAAAAGGGGACGACUGUAUAUUUGCAAGUUGGUAACAGCAUGAGAAGGGGAAGAGUUGUCUAUAUGAUUGUCCCGCAUAAGGAGACUGAGCCUUAUGCUACCGUGGAAAUGCCCAAAAAAGAUGGUGAUCGGAUGUGGAAUGGAAUGCACAGGGGGUAUCAUGUGUUCACUCCUAGAAAUGAGGUCUUCACAAAAUUUGUACCGGCCAACAAUUUGACAACACUUGCCCCUGAAGAAUAUCAGGAUUUGUACACAAAGGAGCCAUCCCCAAGCCUGCCAUCGAAGGCGAAAAACAAUGGAAAGAAACCCUCAGAACCAUUCUGGGCAGCCAAGAACAUGCCACGUAAGACACCCUCUCCGUAUGGUAGCAGCGAGAAACUUGAUAAGGGAAGCCACAAGCCAUCUGGUGGCAGACGUGAUGUGAGCGAUAGCUAUAACCCAGAAUCAUUCUUUGUAGCCAACAACAAGCCACGCAAGACACCCUCUCCGUACGGCAGCAGUGAGAAACUAGAUAAGGGAAGCCACAAGCCAUCUGGUGGUAGACGUGAUGUGAGCGAUAGAUAUUUCCAAGAAUAUCAGGAUUUGUACACAAAGGAGCCAUCCCCAAGCCUGCCAUCGACGGUGAAAAACAAGGGAAAGAAACCCUCAGAACCGUUCUGGGCAGCCAAGAACAAGCCACGUAAGACACCCUCUCCGUAUGGUAGCAGCGAGAAACUUGAUAAGGGAAGCCACAAGCCAUCUGGUGGCAGACGUGAUGUGAGCGAAAGCUAUAACCCAGAAUCGUUCUUUGUAGCCAACAACAAGCCACGCAAGACACCGUCUCUGUACGGCAGCAGUGAGAAGCUUGAUAAAGGAAGCCACAAUCCAUCUGGUGGCAAACGUGAUGUGAGUGAUAGAUAUUACCAAGAAUCGUUCUUUGUAGCCAACAACAAGCCACGCAAGACACCGUCUCUGUACGGCAGCAGUGAGAAGCUUGAUAAAGGAAGCCACAAUCCAUCUGGUGGCAAACGUGAUGUGAGUGAUAGAUAUUACCAAGAAUCGUUCUUUGUAGCCAACAACAAGCCACGCAAGACACCCUCUCCGUACGGCAGCAGUGAGAAGCUAGAUAAGGGAAGCCACAAGCCAUCUGGUGGCAGACGUGAUGUGAGCGAUAGCUCUAAACCAGAAUAUCAGGAUUUGUACACAAAGGAGCCAUCCCCAAGCCUGCCAUCGACGGCGAAAAACAAGGGAAAGAAACCCUCAGAACCGUUCUGGGCAGCCAAGAACAAGCCACGUAAGACACCCUCUCCGUAUGGUAGCAGCGAGAAACUUGAUAAGGGAAGCCACAAGCCAUCUGGUGGCAGACGUGAUGUGAGCGAAAGCUAUAACCCAGAAUCGUUCUUUGUAGCCAACAACAAGCCACGCAAGACACCGUCUCUGUACGGCAGCAGUGAGAAGCUUGAUAAGGGAAGCCACAAUCCAUCUGGUGGCAAACGUGAUGUGAGUGAUAGAUAUUACCAAGAAUCGUUCUUUGUAGCCAACAACAAGCCACGCAAGACACCCUCUCCGUACGGCAGCAGUGAGAAGCUAGAUAAGGGAAGCCACAAGCCAUCUGGUGGCAGACGUGAUGUGAGCGAUAGCUCUAAACCAGAAUAUCAGGAUUUGUACACAAAGGAGCCAUCCCCAAGCCUGCCAUCGACGGCGAAAAACAAGGGAAAGAAACCCUCAGAACCGUUCUGGGCAGCCAAGAACAAGCCACGUAAGACACCCUCUCCGUAUGGUAGCAGCGAGAAACUUGAUAAGGGAAGCCACAAGCCAUCUGGUGGCAGACGUGAUGUGAGCGAAAGCUAUAACCCAGAAUCGUUCUUUGUAGCCAACAACAAGCCACGCAAGACACCGUCUCUGUACGGCAGCAGUGAGAAGCUUGAUAAAGGAAGCCACAAUCCAUCUGGUGGCAAACGUGAUGUGAGUGAUAGAUAUUACCAAGAAUCGUUCUUUGUAGCCAACAACAAGCCACGCAAGACACCCUCUCCGUACGGCAGCAGUGAGAAGCUAGAUAAGGGAAGCCACAAGCCAUCUGGUGGCAGACGUGAUGUGAGCGAUAGCUCUAAACCAGAAUAUCAGGAUUUGUACACAAAGGAGCCAUCCCCAAGCCUGCCAUCGACGGCGAAAAACAAGGGAAAGAAACCCUCAGAACCGUUCUGGGCAGCCAAGAACAAGCCACGUAAGACACCCUCUCCGUAUGGUAGCAGCGAGAAACUUGAUAAGGGAAGCCACAAGCCAUCUGGUGGCAGACGUGAUGUGAGCGAUAGCUAUAACCCAGAAUCGUUCUUUGGCAGCAGUGAGAAGCUAGGUAAGGGAAGCCACAAGCCAUCUGGUGGCAGACGUGAUGUGAGCGAUAGCUAUAACCCAGAUUUUCUUGAGGAGGAUGUGGUUGAAGAAGUUGUGAAGACAAUUUGCAAGGACUGGAGGACAGUUGGCUUUUCUCUAUAUCUGAGAAGAGAAGAAAUGGACAGAAUUGCAGCAGACUGUGAAACGGAGAAAGAACGCACAGCGGAAAUGCUGAGAGCCUGGCAGAGGAAAGGAACUGGAUAUGAUAAUAUUUCCCGACUGGCUGAUGCUUGUCGGAGAUGUAACUUCAGUGAACUUGCCAAUAAGUUGGAUCAAGGCUUGGAUGAGACAUUGCUGUGUAAGAUAGCCAGUGACAUACCUCCGGAGAAAGCCAGAGUUUUUGGCAUGUUCCUGAAUUUCUCUGAUGAAGAAAUGGAUCUGUUUGAGGUUGAGACACCACACCCGCUGCCCCGUCUACGCUUCAUGCUGGCCAAAUGGCGGACCAGGCAGUCUCAUAACUCAGACAAGAUUAUGCUGUUGAGUAACGCAUUGCAGAGCUGUGGGCUCAGACAGUUGGCGCUGGAGGUUGCCAGAGGCCUGGAUGAUGACAUCAUGCUCUCGUUUGCCGUCCAUAUCGGCCACAACUGGAAGAUUCUCGCAACAACUCUUCAUUUAGAUGUCAACGUCAUCAAGCAGUUGGCAGAUUUUUCUGAGGACAAGCAGCCCUAUCAGAUGCUGAUGUUGUGGCGGAGGAGACAGGAUCGCAGUGUGGACGUGCUAGGGGCCCUGGCCAAGGGACUACGGGACAGUGGGCUCCCUGAUCUAGCAUAUGACCUGGUGCAAGGAGUCACUGAUGAAAUGCUCGGCAAGUUAGCCGUAAUGAUAGGAGACAAGUGGGAGGCCGUAGCUCAGUUUCUGGGAUUCAACGAGGAGGAACUCAAGGAACUCAAGAGUGACAGGAAUGCUGAAACUGUCACCAUCACCAACAUGCUGACAAAGUGGAGGGAGCGCCAUGACUACACCAGGGACCGGUUUGGCUUUCUCAUGGAGGCACUGAGGGCCUGCGGCCUGGGCAACAUCGCCGAGUCAUUCGAAGAAGAUAGACGUAGACUGGAGCAGUCUAAGAAGGUUGCUCCUAGUGCGAAGACGGAAGAACACCCUGGAUAUGCCAAAGACAAAGAUCGUUUGGAACGAAACCUCGACAGAGAAAUCCUGGUGAAAGUCUCCCAGCACGUUAACUUCAGGGAGUUGUGUAGGGUCAUUGAUUUCCCCACAGAAGAUGCAAUUUACAUUAAAAAGUCCUACCGGCGAAAUGAGCAGAGAGUUUUCCAAGUGCUGGACAGUUGGAAACGCCGCGGGGAGGGAGGAAAUCGAAGCAUGAGUGAACUGCUUCAAGUCCUAGCUCAACUGGGAUGCAAACCGGCUGUCAUUGAUGAAAUCAUGAGGAAAGAUGCUGCCGAUGACAAGGAGGAAGUCAAUCCAAUGAAGCAACACCCAGCAGAGUACACCACCAUCAUCUUCCCCUCCCUGACUGACGAACCCCAGGACGAACCCUGUAACCCUGACCUCGAGGUCAACUCUAUGGUUGAGGUGAAGCCCUCGGAUAAGACCCUGUUUGGGGUCAUACGCUGGAUAGGUGUGCUGGUAGGAAGCAAGAGUAACAAGCCUGUUGCCGGCAUUGAACUGGAGUCUUCGAUUGACCAUGGAGCGACAGAUGGCACUUUCAACAAGCAGCACUACUUCCAGUGUGAGCCUAACAAGGCCAUAUUUGUCUACUUAUCCAAAUGCCGACCCGAUUCUCGCGUCCUGUCUCAGGCGCAGACUUUAAGUUCGACGAAGCGCCAGACUAGCCAAGAUUUUGGGGGUUUCGCAUCACCAUUAGUGGAAGGUUUCAUCGACCCCCCACUUCGCCUCAGACCGGAGUUUGUGGGCAUGUGGAAGGGCAUCCAGGGGGAUCAGAACUCCUGCUACCUGGACUGCACACUCUUCAGUAUGUUUGCCUACAACGGCGUCUUUGAUCCGCUCCUGCGACACACGCAGGGCCAGGGCGAUCUGCAGGAGUAUGAGAAAGUCCAGAAGACUCUCAGAGAGAGCAUUGCCAACCCCUUGAGGAAGAAUGGUUUUGUUCGAGCUGAUCGUAUUCUUCAGCUGAGGGAGCACCUGGAUCAGUUAGGCACAACCAAGAGUCUAAUGAGUGAAAAGAAAGAUCCAGAGGAGUUCCUACAUACCUUGCUGUCAGAGGUCUUCAAGUCUCGAACACUCCUAAAGAUCAGGCACGGUGCUAACAAAGAAGUGGAUGAGUCCAACAUUUAUCAGAUAUUCCUAGACAAAGACGAGUCUUUCACACUCCCGACGGUAGAGCAGCUAUUACUGCAGUCAUUUCAGGAACAUGACCUCAAACUAGUGGAGACACCGUCAUGCUUGAUUGUGCAGAUGCCAAGAUGCGACAAAGACUACAAAAUGUACAACCGCAUUUUGCCAUCGCUUCAGCUUGAUGUCACAAAUAUCAUUGAAGAAUAUCCCAGGCAGUGUAUAGUGUGUGGCAACCUGGCUGUCUUUGAGUGCAGUGAGUGCAAGUCAGAGGAAGCUUUGGUGGAUACCACUCAUAUCAAGAACUACUGCGACAGUUGCUUCAACAUGAUGCAUAUAGGCACCCAUCGGGAACACCACCAACCCACCCUCCUGACCAUCCCGGACUAUUUCCUGAAGGAAUUCCUUUCCAAGACCAAGGAAAAAGGUUUCUCGGAAGAGGAAGUAGACCAGCACCGUCAGAGAUUACUGCCCUACAAGAUGAUGGACCUGUUUGCGGUCAUCUGCAUCCGGACAAGUCGCUACGUAGCGUUUGUCAAAGCCGGAAGGGAGAAGGAUUCGGAAUGGGUGUUUUUUGACAGUAUGGCCGAUCGGCAGGGUGACCAGCAGGGUUAUUACAUCCCUCAGAUCACACACCUCAAGGAUUUUUGGAAAUGGGUGGACGUGGGUCACAUCAAGGCCCGCAUCAAGGCCAAGCAACUGACUGAGAUUAUGGAGAGGUUACUUGGAGACGCAUACAUCUGCAUGUACUCUGAUAGCGAGCAAUACCACCAGACUUAGGUAUAACUGCCCCGUUGAUUGGUCAAUGAAGGGAUAAAGACUGAAGUUGCUGCUACGUACUCAGCCAAUCUAGGCCCAAUUUCAAGGCUCUGCUUACUACAGAAUUCCCUGCUUAUGAUCACUAUUUCGCGCUAACAGCGCUAGCCGAUUAAUUCUGCGCUCACCCUGUAAGCACAAAAUCCUUAGUUACGGGAUGCACGCAUGCGCAGAAGCCAAAAUUCCUUGUUAACCCGUGAAAUAUGCUGACUGUAAGCAUUGGAUUUUCUGCUACAGUAAGCGGAGUUUUUCCCCAGCGGUAAGCAGAGCCAAGAAAUCAAGCCAAGGUCAGAUGUUACUGCAGUGUCUAAGGCCGGUGUAGCAUGAAUUUAGGUUUUAUGAAAU